AUGCAGAAAGCGAUCUCAGCUUACGUGAUGCAGGACGAUCUUCUCUUCCCGAUGCUCACAGUCGAAGAGACUCUAAUGUUCGCCGCGGAGUUUCGUCUCCCCAGGAGCCUCUCCAAAUCGAAGAAGAAACUCCGCGUCCAAGCCUUAAUCGAAAAAUUAGGAAUCCGAAACGCCGCGAAAACGAUAAUCGGAGACGAAGGCCACCGUGGAAUUUCCGGGGGAGAGCGGCGGAGAGUUUCGAUCGGAAUCGAUAUCAUCCACGACCCGAUUCUACUUUUCCUCGACGAACCAACCUCGGGCCUCGACUCCACGAGCGCACUCAGUGUCAUCAAAGUCCUCAAACGAAUCGCACAGAGCGGAAGCAUGGUGAUCAUGACUCUUCACCAACCGAGUUACCGUCUCCUCCGAUUACUCGAUCGUCUCCUCUUCUUAUCCCGAGGCCAAACCGUCUUCAGCGGAUCACCGGAGAUGCUACCACACUUCUUCACCGAGUUUGGCCACCCGAUUCCCGAACACGAGAACCGCACCGAGUUCGCCUUGGAUUUGAUCCGAGAGCUCGAAGGAUCCGCCGGUGGAACGAGAAGUUUAGUUGAAUUCAACAAAGGGUUUAGACAGAGGAAAGCAGAGCCGAUAACGCCUCAGACUGGUCUCUCUCUAAAAGAAGCCAUCAGCGCAAGCAUCUCCAAAGGAAAGCUCGUCUCCGGAGCAACGACGACGACUGCUACUAACACUCCUGUUUCCACCAUUCCAACAUUCGCAAACCCGUUUUGGGUCGAACUUUUGGUUCUAUCCAAACGGUCCAUGACUAAUUACCGGAGACAGCCAGAGCUGUUCGGGAUACGACUCGGAGCUGUGCUAGUCACCGGAUUCAUCUUAGCCACCAUGUUUUGGCAGCUGGAUAGCUCUCCUAAAGGAGUCCAAGAACGUCUCGGUUUCUUCGCCUUCGCAAUGUCCACGACGUUCUACACUUGCGCAGACGCUCUACCAGUUUUCCUCCAAGAACGCUUCAUUUUCAUGAGAGAAACCGCUUACAACGCAUACAGAAGAUCCUCCUAUGUACUCUCUCACUCUCUCGUGGCCUUGCCUUCUUUAGUCAUCCUUUCGCUUGCCUUCGCAGCGAGCACGUUUUGGGGAGUGGGGUUAGAUGGAGGUCCUAUGGGGUUUCUCUUCUACUUCUUAGUGAUCUUAGCAGCUUUCUGGGCGGGGAGCUCGUUCGUGACUUUCUUAUCAGGCGUUGUCCCACAUGUGAUGCUCGGUUACACCAUUGUGGUAGCCAUCUUGGCCUAUUUCUUGCUUUUCAGUGGCUUCUUCAUCAACCGAGAUCGGAUCCCUUCGUACUGGAUAUGGUUCCAUUACAUUUCUUUAGUCAAGUACCCUUACGAGGCUGUUCUCAUCAACGAGUUCAGCGACCCGACGAAGUGUUUCGUCAAAGGAGUUCAGAUAUUCGACAACACACCUCUCGUGGCAGUGCCUCACGGGAUGAAAGUUAGGCUUCUGGCGACGAUGAGCAAGUCACUUGGGAUGAGGAUCACUAGCUCCACGUGCUUGACCACAGGAUACGACAUUUUGCAGCAGCAAGGCGUUACGGAUCUCAGCAAAUGGAAUUGCUUGUGGGUCACGGUCGCUUGGGGUUUCUUCUUUCGGAUCUUGUUCUACUUUACUCUGCUUUUGGGCAGCAAGAACAAGAGGAGCUUCCACACAGACGACUUUUCCAUAGUUGCCCACACACGCUGGUGUUCAUUUGAUCUUCUUGGGCUUUGCUUAAUUCCUGACAAACUCGCUGGUAGGUUCUCAGUCUUUUCAAAGUACGGGAUGAGUAAAGUUAACAGUGAGGAAUCUUCUAGUGGCCGUAAACUGUUGAAGGAGGUUGAGACGAUUAGCGAAGCUCUCUACGUGAACAAGAAUCCUAGGGGGUCAGUCGCUGGUCCUAGCACCACUCCAACAAAACCGUUGGGUCGUACCCACUUGGCUGAGCCGCAGAAGGAGAAAAAAUCGUUUUGGAACUGGCCUCUCAGAGCCCUUUCACACGUCCGAAACCGCCGGUUCAAUUGCUGUUUCUCUGCCCAAGUCCAUUCCGUUGAAGGUCUGCCUCCUAUAUUCCAGGAUCUUUAUCUCACUGUGCACUGGAAACGCCGUGAUGAAUCUUUAACCACUCGUCCUGCGAAAGUUUUGAACGGAAGAGCUGAUUUCAAGGACAAGCUGACACAUACAUGCUCGGUUUACGGAAGCCGAAGUGGGCAGCAUCACUCAGCUAAGUAUGAAGCUAAGCAUUUCUUGCUGUACGUCUCUCUGGUUGGAUCUCCUGAGGUUGAUCUGGGAAAACACCGAAUGGAUCUCACUAAACUGCUUCCUCUCACUCUUGAGGAGUUGCAAGAUGAGAAGAGCUCCGGUAAGUGGUCAACAACGUUUCAGUUGACUGGUAAAGCUAGCGGUGCUACUCUGAGCAUAAGUUUUGGGUACACUGUUGUUGGGGAUACUCGUAAUCCUGCUACUUCAGGUAGCAUUCAGAAUGCUCGCAAUGCUUCGAAUGCAAAACAGACGAGUAAUAGCACAGGGUUGACAAGAACUGCUAGUGCAAAGUCUAUUGUAGGGAAUGGAAAGUCUGUGUCUCGGCGUUUCGAUCACAGUAAUGCUAACAGAGGGUCUCAUUCUUUGUCCCAGAAUGUGGAGGAAAUCAAAGAUCUCCAUGAAAUUUUGCCUGUUGCACAAUCGGACCUGGUCAGUUCUGUAAACAUUCUGUAUAAAAAACUUGAUGAGGAGAAGGUGGAUCCAGCAGCUGAGUCUCUUUCCGAAUUUGACGUUGUCACUAAACACAUUGAACCCGUUGAGUCAAUUUCUCGUGAAAACGAAGGUGCAAAUGCACAUCAAAGUGGAGAGUCUUUGGUGAAUGGGAAUAGAAUUGAUGUUCCUGCUGAGGAAAUAAAGAGGACAGACGAAGUUCCUCCUGCUGCAAGUGGGGAAGUUGGUACAGAACAUUUUCCAGAAGAGUCUUUGGUAAACGGGAAUGAAACUGAUGUUCCUUUUGGGGAUUUAAAGAAAGGUAGUGAAGUUUCUAUUGCUGGUGGUGAGGAACUGGAACUUGGUACAGAAAUUUUGCCUGCAGAAGAGGGGAACAAAGUUUCUCCAAAAGACGAGGAAACUCUUGUUCCUCGGUAUGACGUAGAGGUAAUGAACGGUGAGAAAGAUUUGAAAGAAACAAUAUUGAGAGAUCUUGAAUCAGCUUUGAAAAGUGUAGAAAUGUUGGACGCAACAGCGUCAGAUGACGAGGACGAUCAAGAAAACCAUGGAAACGCAGAAACAUUUUUAAUAACACCAACUAAGGAAGCAGCAUCGAGUUCUAUUGAUGUGGAUGAAUCUGUGGCAAGUGAGUUCUUAGACAUGCUAGGUAUUGCACACAGCCCUUUUGGUCAAAGUUUUGAGAGUGAACCUGAGUCCCCAAGGGAGCGUCUGUUGAGAGAAUUUGAGAUGGAAACUCUAGCUGCCGGUUCUUUGUUUGAUUUUAGUGUUGAAGCUGAUGAUCCCCAAAUGGAAUGUGAUGAAAACUUUACGAAUGAGUAUGAAUCAGAUUUUGAAGAAGGGUUCGAUCUGGCAUCCCUUGUUCACGAUAUAGAAGAAGAGUACCAGUUGGAAGCUCAAGCAAGAGUCAGCGUACCCAGGGCCACAAUGUUGGAAGGCUUGGAAACGGAAUCUCUAAUGCGUGAGUGGGGUAUGAAUGAAAACACAUUUCAGAACUCUCCGCCUCACAAUAGCCCUAAUGCUUUCCAUCCAGAUGUAUUUCCAACAAAGGAGCCGUUUGAUUUGCCUCCCCUUGGAGAUGGCCUGGGUCCAGUUGUACAGACAAAGAAUGGAGGGUUCCUGCGGUCAAUGAAUCCCUCGCUGUUCAGGAACUCUAAAGCAGGAGGCAGCUUGAUCAUGCAAGUGUCGACUCCAGUUGUGGUGCCUGCUGAGAUGGGCUCUGGUAUCAUGGAGAUACUUCAGAAACUAGCCACUGCUGGAAUUGAGAAGCUCUCGAUGCAGGCAAAUAAAGUAAUGCCUCUGGACGAUAUAACAGGGAAAACCAUGGAAGAGGUGUUGUGGGAAACUUCACCUGCGAUUGACGGCGGAGACAG